CUCCUCCUCCACCGCCACCUCCUCCACCGCAGAAGGCUGUUUACGAAGUAAGCUGAGAGCUCGUCUUGACAAAAACAAGGGCUGGGACUGCAGCGAGAGGGGCAGUGUGUCUGAAUCCAGCACAGGCUCGUCCUCCAUCGGAAACAUUUUUGUAUAUAUUGAAAUAUAUAUAUAUACAUUUUUGGUGUAGAGGGAAAAUGUUGUCUGUGAAAUCAGCCCGUCAGCUCUGCAAAGUGUUUUUCUCUUUGCACGUUGUUUUCCUGAGUGUGGCUCUGGUGGAGAGCAGGGCAUCAAAUGGAGACCAAAAAGACUGCGUGAGAUCCCAUGGUGUGGACUACAGAGGAGAACAACAGAACUCCUCCUCAGGUCUGAGCUGCCUAAUCUGGACCAAUACUACAAGGGACUAUGAUGUUACAAUCCAUCCAGAUUCACAAAAAGGUGUUGGAGAUCACAAUUACUGCCGAAACCCAGACGCCUCUGAGAGGCCUUGGUGCUACAUUGCUGGCCCAGAUGGAGCAAUUCAGAGAGAAUCCUGUGCACUUGAGACAUGCAAAGAACAAACCUCUUCCGUACCAGCAAAGACUGAAUCCCUCAGCACAAAAGCAACCACUCCCUCCACAGAGAGCGCUCAGCCAGCCAAAGCUUCGCAGGGAGAUGUUCCAGCUCUGCAGCCAGUGAUGGGUAUCAGCCAGCGAGUGCAUACAGGACCAAAAAAGAAGAAGGACCUUGGCACUAUUGGAUAUGUCCUUGCUAUCAUCAUGAUGGGGAUUAUAAUCGUCCUUGGAGUGGGCAUCACAUUGGGCUACUUCUAUAAGAGGGGUCAGAACCUGAAGAAGCAGCACGAGCAGCGGGUCUAUGAGCGUGAGAUGCAGAGGAUCACCCUGCCCCUGUCGGCUUUCUCCAAUCCCACCUGUGAGCUUGUAGAUGAAAACACCAUUGUUAUCACAGCAGAGCAUGAGACCACUCCCGUGCAGGACGACGCGGAUGGCGGAGACCCUCUCAUGGCCCAGCAAGCCGGUACCCCUGGAGCAUGAGCGGGCAUCUAGUUCCUGAUGAUUUUUCUUUUCUUUUAUGGACCAAAGCACUCCCAUCUCCCUGUUUCUCCUUUCCACCUCCCUGAGUAAUGUCUAUUUUAAAGGAGCAGGGGGCAGUGUUGUCUCCGGAGACUUGAACUGAAUGAAGCUUUGUCCUUUCUGUAUUUGUUCUUAACACGUGAGGCACAAACAAGAUAAGUUCACACACAGUGGACACAGCCUUAACAACUAGAAACCCAUUACAGUGGAUCUGUUGUUAAUGAGCACGUCUGGAGGUCUUUAAUGUUCAUAUCUGAUACUUUUAGCAAAGAGAAUAAGGGCUAUUCUCUUAAAUAACAAUAAGAAUAUCAAGUCAGUGUUUAUAAUAAUACGUAAUGACACCAGUGUGUAAAGAGGUGUUGUUUGGAACGGGGAAAAUGUUCAUAACCUUUUGCUUUUCAAGGGAGGUUUGAUUAUGUGAUGGUUAUCUGGUUUAUUUUGAUUUGUAGUGACCUGCUGGCUGUGCUGGCGGGGAGGCACAGACAAGAAACCUGUGCGCACAAAGACCGCUUUUUCUUGCGUGCACACUUGUGAUACAGAUGUGGUCCAAAAAUAAUCAUCUUCCUCUUGAGACAGGAUGAGGGAGUGUGAGGUAAAACAGGCCCACUAAAGACAAGGGAAGGCCUAUAACUCAAAAAACUGCCUUAGCAUGAUACUUCUGAAUGUACUUCCUUUAUAAUGUUCCUGGAGAUUUGUUUUUCGUGUUCAGCCGACGGGUAAAUUUGAUUUGAAAACAUCGAUGGUGGUCCCGGGAAGACGUGAAAAAGAAGACUUGCUAUUUUUUUUUCACAGGUUAAGGAGUGACAGGAAAUUUUCCAGAGUCUUCUCAGGAUGAACGAGAGACAGUAGUUAGACGAAAUAGCACUGCCGCAACACAGACCAGACGCUUUUAGAAAAAAUAAAAUAAACAUAAAAAUCUGUCUUUGCAGUGCAGGGCAGUGUAGCUGAAGAGGUCUAGAUUAGAUUGACACAUUUGAGGUGCGCACUGCGAUGCUUUAGAGUUGACACAGGAAUGGAGUAGAUAGUAGAAACAGUCCAAAGUUUAGGUGUUCACAUAAAAACACUCGAGAACAUGAUUGCAUGUGUAUGGUUGCCUGUUGUAUGUUUCCCCUUCUGAGGCUUUUUUUGUGUCUUAAAAAAACAGGACUAAAAUGACAUGCUUGAGAAUAAUUAAAAACGUUAGACAUCAUCAAGAUUUUGCAAUGGUAGUUUUCACUGCGUUACUGCGUUGUUUGUUGUGAUCCAAUCACUCCAGAGCAUCUUGUUUUGUGAUUAUUGCUGGAUCCGUAUCACUGGUAAUGUUUAGUUACUGCUGCUCCGUUAUUUUAAGUGUCUGUGCGCUGGCUGCGAUCAUUGUUUAUAGUAGCAGUGUGUUUAAAAUACUUUUGUUCAGCGUUUGGAUUUAGAACUUGUAUUUUUAUGAAUGCAGAUUUUCACUGCUGAGACUGAAAUAAAUUUAAAAAAAAAGCUAAAAGUACAACUUA